AUGGCUAGCAAUUCCGCUCCGGAGAUCAAACUUCACGAUGUCUACCAUUCAAACGUCGAAGAGGAGUUUGCGAAAAUGCGAGCGCUCAUCCCCGUCAGUCAAUAUUUUUUUUGUUGUUUCGACAUAUUUUUUUUUACAGGACUACCCUUACGUAGCAAUGGACACCGAGUUUCCAGGAGUAGUGGCGACACCCUUAGGAACCUUCAAAAGUAAAGAAGACUUUAACUAUCAACAAGUUUCCUGUAACGUUAAUAUGUUGAAGCUCAUACAGGUUGGUGGAAAAUAAAUAUUUUUUUGUUCUUUUUUUGAGUUAUGAGUAUUCAUUAAGGUUGGUUUUGCCUUGGUGAACGAAAAAGGAGAACUGCCACCGUCGAGAGACGUUUGGCAGUUCAAUUUCAACUUUUCUUUCACCGACGACAUGUUCUCUCAAGAAAGUGUCGACAUGCUCAAAGCCGCUGGAAUCGACUUUAAUAUGCUUCAAGUGGGAACAUUUUUUUCAAGUUUUAUUUUUUUAUAAUAUGGAGGUGAAAGUAAGGUUUUCAGGACUUACUACAUAUUCUCUGGAAAUGUUGAAUAUUUUUCAAUCGUAGGAUGUUCGAAAAAUCAGAACAUUAGUUAAUUUUUAAGAAUUAUGAAACCCUUAUUCAUUCGGUAAGUUUAAAAUUUAGAGUUUUUGUCUAAUUAAUAAACAACUGUAUAUAUUUUUGAAUAACAGUAGACCAAUAUAGCGAAUGAGAUGCUUUGAAGUAAUUUCAAUCUAUUUUCAAAUAGUUCUUUUAUUCAUCUCUUAUUUUUUGCUUUCAGUCAAACGGAAUACCUACGGAAGUCUUUGGAGAACUUUUGACGACGUCUGGUUUGAUAGUGGAUAGCCGUAUUACGUGGCUGACCUUUUCUUCUGGCUAUGACUUUGGAUAUUUAUUGAAGUCAAUUACGCUAGGAGAUUUACCAAAAGAGGUUUUAUCACUAUAUUUAUGAAGAGGAUACGCAGAAGAAUCUAAUAGGAGGCAGCCUUCUUUCAAUUCCAUCGAACGUUAUUCCCCCGAAGCUUUGAUAUCAAAUUGUUACUGCGGACGCCGGGAUGCGCGAGUGCCAAACUGAAAGGAGGUCUUCAGGAGGUUGAGGAGAAGCUCGAUUUAUUCUCAUUUGUUCGAAGACUUCAGGUUGCCGACCAAUUGGACGUGAAAAGACAAGGAGCCCGUCAUCAGGCCGGAUCUGACGCCUUGCUCACUGCCAUGACGUUUUUCAAGAUCAAGAAGCAGUUCUUCUCAGAAACCUGGGAACAGGUCAGUUUAUUUUUGAGUUUCAUUAUUUUCUUAUUAAGCCCUCAUUCUUGAACUUUUUGUAUCGCACUAUUUUACUGAUUCUUUUUCUCCCAAUUGCGAUAUCACGCUUGAAUAAUUUUUUUUUUGAUAGAAAUUUCAAAAAAGCUCAGUUGUCUGUUUCAGGUUGCCCCGACGGUUGAAGGCCACCUUUUCGGACUGGGCUCUUCUCUUUCCAUGUUCCACUCAGCUUCGUCCAAUAAAUUAGAAGAUCACUCAACAAAAGAAGUCAUCUCGGCGUAG